AUUGACAGCAAUGACUGAAACUAAAUAAUUAUUCUAAAAUUUGCUUGAUAAAACGAAUUAAAAAUAACGCUCAAUAUUAUAUACGAUAAAAUUAUAAUUACAUUAUAUAUUGCAAUAUUUAGUUUCACAAAACUUGUAACGCUAAGUGCAGAUACAUAAAAUUAUUAUUACACGUAGACUUUAAAUAUUGAUCAUGGUGAAGGUAUAUGGACUUGUUGUUUUGUAUAAAGGAGUAACCAGUGCCACUAUUUUAAAAGCAGCAUAUGAUUUACAAAGCUUUAGUUUUUUCCAAAGAUCUUCUGUUCAAGAGUUUAUGACUUUUGUGAGUAAAACAAUUGUUGAGAGAACACAUCAAGCUUCUAGGCAAUCAGUAAAAGAAGGUGAAUAUAUGGUUCAAGUAUAUGUAAGAGGAGAUAACCUUGCGGGGGUUCUUAUAUCAGAUCAUGAGUAUCCAAAUAGAGUUGCACAUACUCUUAUAACAAAACUGCUUGAUGAUUUUUCUGCUAAAGUGCCAGUGGCAAUUUGGCAGACUGGAGAUGAAACAACUAUUGACUUUCCUGUCCUCCCAGAAUAUUUAGCUAAAUAUCAGAAUCCUAAGGAAGCAGAUGCUUUGACUAAAAUACAGAAUGACUUAGAUGAAACUAAAAUUAUUCUUCAUGACACAAUUAAAGCUGUGUUAGAGAGAGGAGAAAAAUUGGAUGACUUAGUUGAAAAAUCAAAUAGUCUUUCUAUGCAUAGUAAGGCAUUCUACAAGACUGCUCGUAAGACAAAUAGUUGUUGUAAUUUUUGAGGGAUUUUGAUGUUGAUGUCCAAUUACUGAAUAAAAAAUAUGCCUAAAACAGUA